CUGUUCCCGCUGGGCCUGGGGGAGGGCGGCAGCCCGGCGUCCUGCGGCCCCCCCGCCGCGCUCAGCUCCAGCCCCGAGGAGGAGGAGGAGGAGGAGGAGGAGGAGGAGGAGGAGGAUGAAGGCGCGGCUCUGCUCAUCUGCCCCGGCCAGGAGCCCGCGCUGCCAGAGUUCCCCUUCCACCCCCCCUCCCCCUUCUCCCCCACCCUGGAGGACAUAGAGGAGUUCUUGAAGGAGAAGAUGGAGCUGGUGAGGGAGGAGCGGCCCCCCCCGGCAGAGGAGGCCUCCCCUCAGCCGUCCCCCCUCGCUGACCCCCCACCGUCCAGCCUCGCUGACCCCCCACCGUCCAGCCUCCCUCCUGCAGAGGCUGGACACCAUGCAGCCACCCUUUGCACGUCCAGCCCGGACACGCCCACAGGGGGGGGGUCCCAGCCCGCCCCCCCCCCCCCCUCCAAUCCCCCCCCGCGCCCUUUUACCCCCUCCCUGGUCCUGGGGGCCCCCCCUGGUGCCCCGGAUCCGCCCCUACCUCUGGUCCAGCCCCUGGCCCCCGCCUGCCCCCCCCCCGGGGCCCACAGCGCCAUCUGGCUGACCCACCUGGUCAUGGGCCUGCAGGGGGCCGCGGCACAGAACGUCACCCUGCUGGCCCCCCAGGCGUCCGGCCCCCCCGGCGGCAGCGCCGACGUCCAGUCUGCUGACCAGAAGUACGUGAGGAUCGCCCCCCUGCCCCUGGCCACCCGGGCGCUGGAGGUCAGGGCUCUGCCGGGGGUGGGCGGGCAGGGCGGCGGCCCCCCGAAGGCGGGGCCCCCCCGGGCCGCCCGCGUGGCCCCCACCGAGAGGGUCCACAAGUGCUCCCACCCCGGCUGUGGGAAGAUGUACACCAAGAGCAGCCACCUGAAGGCCCACUUCCGCCGCCACACCGGGGAGAAGCCCUACACCUGCAGCUGGCCCGACUGCGGCUGGAGGUGA